AUGGGAACACCUCCUUCGGAUGCAGGGAUCCCACCAUCAUCUUCUUCACGUCCUUCCAAUCCUUUGUAUGCUCUAGCUUCGAAUGAUAAUCCAGGGACAGUCAUCACGCACGUUGUUCUUAAGGGAUCCAACUACGAAGAAUGGGCUAAAGCGAUUCGGGUUUCGUUGGGAGCAAAACGCAAACUCGGUUUCAUCAAUGGUAAAGUACUUAAACAUACAACUGAUUCUAAUGAUCUUGAGGAUUGGUGGACGGUUAACUAUAUGAUUGUAGCCUGGAUUUUUAAUACUAUUGAUCCGAAUAUUCAUUUUACUAUUUAUUAUCGUGAUACGUCGUAUGAGUUGUGGGAAGAUAUCCGUUCACAUUUUUCUGUUGGAAACGGUAUUAAAAAUUUUCAAUUAAAAUCCGAUGUUGCUGCUUGUAAACAAAAAUCUGGUGAGUCGAUUAUGGCCUAUUAUGGACGGUUAAAGAAAUUAUGGGAUGAUAUCAAUGACUUUGAUGCUUUGCCUUCUUGUUCUUGUUCCGGUUGCAAAUGUGGUUUGAAUCAAACCCUUCGUACAAGACGUGAAGCAGAUCAGGUGCGUGAAUUUCUAAUGGGUCUUGAAUCUUAUUAUGCUAAUGCACGUUCCAAUAUUUUAUCCACUGAGCAAUUGCCAUCUCUUCACUCUGUGUACUCAAGAAUUUCACAAGAGGAAGAGGUUUACCUUUAUACCCAACGAAGGACUGAGGAAGCAUCUCCAAUGGCCUUUGAUGUUCGUGGUAGUAUGCCACAAGGUGUGAAAUCUGGCAUAUCACCGUUGAAGUGCAGUUUUUGUGGCUAUCAUGGACAUCUUGAGGAACGUUGCUGGGAGAAACAUGGUUAUCCACCUGGCCGUGAACCUAGGUGUCCGCAAGCCACAGUUCGCAGAAAACAGAGCUUGAAUACCCCUGAUACAGUUGCUACACCUAAAGUGAAUGAUGUCUUGGAUGAAAUGUCUGCACCUACCAAUCCUAUUCGAUUAACUGGUAAGGGAGUUUAUACUUGGAUUGUUGACACUGGUGCUUCGAAUCACGUUUGUUGUGAUGAAAAUCUCUUUGAUUUCUCUCGUGCCAUAACUCCUAUUCACGUUAGGUUGCCUAAUGGUGCUACUACAGAGGCCACCAGAAUAGGGGAAGUUACUUUAACCGAUUCUUUGGUUUUGAAAAAUGUGUUAUUCGUCCCUUCAUUCACUUGUAACUUACUCUCUGUCUCGCAACUUCUCUCUUCUCAAAAGUUAAGCAUACAAUUUACAUUCUCUUACUGUGUUGUACAGGACCUUGUCUUGAGGAUGAAGAUUGGUAUGGGUGAACUUAUUGGGGGGUCUAUCAUUUGA